AUGAAUAAUGAUACAUCAAAUAAUAAUAUAGAUAAUAAAAAAGAAGAAUAUUUAUCUAAUAAUAAUGAUAAUGAAAAUUUAAACGAAACAAUUAAAAUAAUUCGUGAUGGAAAAGUUCCAAAACCAGAUGACGAAAGAAAAUUAUUUGUUGGACAAUUAUCAUCGGAUAUAACAAAAGAAGAUCUUCAAAAAUAUUUUUCCAAAUUUGGUUCAAUUGAAGAUGUUACUAUUAAAUAUGAUGUACCCGGUGGAAGAGCACGUGGUUUUGCUUUUAUUUUAUUUGAUGAUAAAGAAUCAAUACAAAAAGUUCUUAAUGUUCAAUUACAUACAAUUAAUCAAUCACAAAUUGAUCCAAAACCAGCACAUCGACGACCACCUGUUACAAAUCCGGUGAAAAAAAUUUUUAUUGGACAAUUACCAACUGAUUUUGUUGAACAAGAUUUAUCAGAUUAUUUUUCACAAUUUGGACUUAUUGAUACAAUUGAACUUCCAAUGGAUCGUGAAAAAAAUGUUCGUCGUCCAUUUGGAUUUGUUUCAUUUUCAUCUGAAAAAACUGCUGAAGAAGUUUUACGUCAACAACGUCAUUCAGUAAAUGGUGCAUCAAUUGAAGUUCGACCAGCUAAACCACGUCCACAUGAACAACAACAAUUACAAAUGCAACAACAAUAUCAAUAUGGAGAAUAUAUUUUACCUCAUCAUCAUCAGCAUCAUAAUUCAUUAAUUUCAUCAAUAUCAGCUCCAACAAUUACUCAUCAACCAAUUAUCAAUGUUCAUCCUAAUCAAAAUUCUUAUUAUACACAUCAAACAAAUAAUAAUAAUUAUCCUGGACAAAUUGAUCAAUGGAGUCAAGGAGCUAAUAAUGGUGUACCUUAUUGGAGUACAGCUAAUAGUGAUAUUAGAAAUAAUAAUAAUAAUAAUAAUGCACUACCACAAUGGUCAACAGGACGUAAUGGUGGUUUAUCAACAGUUAAUGGCAAUAAUAGUGUAUAUGGUACAUUAGGCAAUUCAGUUUCAUCUUCAUCUUCAGUUUAUCAACAAAAUCAAGGUCAAACAAUAUAUAAUCCAAAUGGAAUAAAUCAACAAGGUCCAUAUCCUCAUUCAAAUUAUUCAAAUCAUCUUCAAUCAUCUUAUGGUAUAUCAUCAUCACAAUCAACUGGAAAUAUAUAUGGAAGUGGAUAUCCAUCUUCAUCAUCAUUAAUACCAACUAAUGAUAUACAAAAUUCAUCUUCAUCAUGGAAUCAAUAUGCUUCUGCUAAUCUUGGUAAUAAUGGUAAUCAAACAAAUUAUGAUCCAAAUAUGUAUUAUGCUCCUUAUUAUGCUAAUUUAUUCGCUCAACAGUACUAUCCACAACAACAAGCAGUAAGCCAAACACAAGUACAAAUACCUAUAGAACAAACAAUUUCACCAAAUGGUUUUCCAACACCAUCUAAUGGUGGUUUAGACAAAAAUUAUCAACAACUUUCUCGAUAA